CAACAGCAGAAAAAAGAAAAUCACUGAUUACUACCAUCAUGACGCUAUAAAAAGGAACUGAAAGAAUUCUCUUAUUGAACCACCUUUCUUAUUUUUUACAACCACUUUUUCUUGUUUUUCUUUUUUUUUUAAAAAAAAAAAAAAAACCACAUACACACACAUAUAUAUAUAUAAACAAUGGUAUUUCGUACUGAAAGAAAUAGCAGCGAAGACUCAACUUCUUCUACUGAACAACAUGAUCCUCGACUCACUGUCAAAAAAUUCACAAGAAGAGAUAUCUUGAUCUGUGCAUCACAUGGGUAUAUUUAUGCCAUUCAUAAAGCAGAUGGAAGUCGACUUUGGAAAACGAGUUUUAAAUCAGGCAGUGGCAUCAUUUCUCUAUUUGUCAGAGAUAACGAUCGCUUGAUUGCAGGCGCAUUUGGCAGAACCACUUGCCUAAAUUUAUUAAAUGGUGGCAUCGUCUGGGAAACCAAAUUGGCAGGAAUGGGAUCUGAAGAGGUGUCGGUUGUUUCCACACCCAGUAGAGUGUUAAGGCCCCACCCCGAUCACAUCAUGGAAUUACCACCUCACUAUAAUGAACAAAGUGUACCACCAGAUUAUCAUGAUAAUGUCGUACCAGAAUCUGCAGUCAUUAUUGCCUGCUCCAGGGGGAAAGCCAUGGGAUUAGACGCGGAUUCAGGCGAAACCUUAUGGACUUACAAUUGCCCUGGUGGUGGGUUCAAUAUUCCCGUCGUUAUUGUGGAGCCACCGAGUAAAGAAUCUGAUCAAGUUGUUUAUAUUGGUGCUGCGAAAUGGGUGUAUUGCCUAAAUGGUAGAACGGGUGCACUCAUUUGGUCAACCAAAGUGGCAACUACUUUAUUUGGGUCGGAUUAUAUGUCUUUAGCUACUGGUUGGAGCUCACGGCUAGCAGCUGAAUCUUAUUCGGCAUUCAAUCAAAACCCUUCUUUGCAAUGUUUGGAGCUUGAACGGGAUAGGAAUAGGGUGAAUACUUCUCAAUCCUUCAAACGACUUGGAAAAACUGCUGCGCGCUAAACACGUGACCCGUUUACAUAAUAAAGAAGUAAUUGAUGUGAAUUUUUUAUGUAAAUAGUACAAAAGACGGAUUCGAUAUAAAGGCCACUUAAACAAUUA